GAACUUUAGUUUCACUUUGAACAAACAUGAUGUCGCAGAUGUUUUUCUCCUCUGAAGAUCUUAUCAAGAGUUUCAUCAGUUUGGACUCCAGGUAUUAAUUACAGACCUGUGAGUAAAGAGACUGACUCACCUCACAUCAGCCUCUUUCUGCUGAUUUCUGUAGUUGUGAAUCACGUCACUGCAGCGUCAUGACGCCAUCUAGUGGACGGAUGGUAGAAGUACAGCAGCUGAUGGCAGCUUCCUCUGCCUCACGCUGAUAUGAAACAGAGAAGAAGAGCCAAUCAGCGGAGGAGCAGCUGGAGAAAUGAUGUAUAUUUGAGUCGAUGUGCAGAUGAAUGAUGUGUGUUUCUCUCCACAUGAAGGUAGAAAGUGUGUGUGAGCUGAUGUGGAUGUGAACUCAGCAGCAUGGAUCAGUGUGAGGACAGAGAGGAGGGAGCCCCUCCCUCUAAAACCACUCUGUGUGGGGAACAUGAGAGAAAGACCAGAGCUCAGAGGGUUAGAGACACACCACACUCUGCUGGACCUGGACCUGGACCUGGACCUGGACCUGGACCUGGACCUGGACCUGGACCUGGACCUGGACCUGGACCUGGAUCCAGCUGUGUGUCCAUGAAGAGUGAAUUCAGACAAUCUGUUGAUGAAAGGAUCCAGCAGCAGAGACCAGACUCUCCUGAACCCAGCUGUCUGUCUUUAAAGAGCGACGAGUCGAAGGAGUUUGUCAUUCACUUUAAAGGGCGACAUCCAUCAGCUGAUCAGAUCAGCCUGCACACACAGAGGACUGGUGAAGGACAACAAGCAGAGGAUUUCAGCUCAUGGUUUUCUUCACAGACCUGGUCCAGACCCCAGAGAGAGUGAAGAAUCUGAGUAGAAAGUGUGUGUGAGCUGAUGUGGAUGUGAACUCGGCAGCAUGGAUCAGUGUGAGGACAGAGAGGAGGGAGCCCCUCCCUCUAAAACCACUCUGUGUGGGGAACAUGAGAGAAAGACCAGAGCUCAGAGAGACACACCACACUCUGCUGGACCUGGACCUGGACCUGGACCUGGACCUGGACCUGGAUCUGGACCUGGACCUGGACCUGGACAUAGACGUAGACGUAGACGUAGACGUAAACCUGGACCUGGACCUGGACCUGGACCUGGACCGGGACCUGGACAUAGACGUAGACGUAGACGUAAACCUGGACGUGGAUCUGGACCUGGACCUGGAUUCAGCUGUGUGUCCAUGAAGAGUGAAUUCAGACAAUCUGUUGAUGGAAGGAUCCAGCAGCAGAGACCAGACUCUCCUGAACCCAGCUGUCUGUCUUUAAAGAGCGACCUGUCAAAGGAUGUUUUCAUUGACUUUAAAGGGCGACGUCCAUCAGCUGAUCAGAUAGUGGACCAGGAGAGCUCAGAGGUUCCCAGGUCUCAGUCUGCCCAGCAGCAUCAAACACAGCUGGACUCCAUAUUUAUGCUGCUGGAGGAGAACAUGGUCACUUUUGUGAAGAACGAGCUGAAGAAGAUGCACAAGCUUCUGAGUCCAGAUUACCCAGAAUGCUCAGGGAGUCAGAGGGAGGAUGAGGAGCUGUUGGCCGCUGAGGAUGAAGAGCAGAGGAGCAGCAGAGAGGCGUUUGUGAAGAUCACAGUGAACUUCCUGAGGAGAAUGAAGCAGGAGGAGCUGGCUGACUGUCUGCAGAGCAAAUCUCCUGCCAUGUGCCAACCUACACUAAAAUCUAACCUGAAGAAGAAGUUCCAGUGUGUGUUUGAGGGGAUCUCUAAAGCAGGAAACCCGACCCUUCUGAACCAGAUCUACACAGAGCUCUACAUCACAGAGGGAGGGACUGGAGAGGUCAACGAUCAACAUGAGGUCAGACAGAUUGAAACAGCAUCCAGGAAACCAGUCAGACCAGAAACAACCAUCAGACAAGAAGACAUCUUUAAAGCCUCACCUGGAAGAGAAGGACCAAUCAGAACAGUGAUGACACUGGGAGUGGCUGGCAUUGGGAAAACAGUCUUAACACAGAAGUUCACUCUGGACUGGGCUGAAGACAAAGCCAACCAGGACAUACAGUUCACAUUUCCAUUCACCUUCAGAGAGCUGAACGUGGUGAAAGAAAGAAAGUUCAGCUUGGUGGAACUUGUUCAUCACUUCUUUACUGAAACCAAAGAAGCAGGAAUCUGUAGGUUUGAUCGGUUCCAGGUCGUGUUCAUCUUUGACGGUCUGGAUGAGUGUAGACUUCCUCUGGACUUCCACAACACUGAGAUCCUGACUGAUGUUACAGAGUCCACCUCAGUGGACGUGCUGCUGACAAACCUCAUCAGGGGGAAGCUGCUUCCCUCUGCUCGCCUCUGGAUAACCACACGGCCUGCAGCAGCCAAUCAGAUCCCUCCUGAGUGUGUUGACGUGGUGACAGAGGUCAGAGGGUUCACUGAUCCACAGAAGGAGGAGUACUUCAGGAAGCGGAUCAGAGAUGAGGAGCAGGCCAGCAGCAUCAUCUCCCACAUCAAGACAUCACGAAGCCUCCACAUCAUGUGCCACAUCCCAGUCUUCUGCUGGAUCACUGCUACAGUUCUGGAGGAGGUGUUGAAAACCAGAGAGGGAGGAGAGCUGCCCAAGACCCUGACUGAGAUGUACAUCCACUUCCUGGUGGUUCAGUCCAAACUGAAGAAGGUCAAGUAUGAUGGAGGAUCUGAGACAGAUCCACACUGGAGUCCAGAGAGCAGGAAGAUGAUUGAGUCUCUGGGAAAACUGGCUUUUGAGCAGCUGCAGAAAGGAAACCUGAUCUUCUAUGAAUCAGACCUGACAGAGUGUGGCAUCGAUAUCAGAGCAGCCUCAGUGUACUCAGGAGUGUUCACACAGAUCUUUAAAGAGGAGAGAGGCCUGUACCAGGACAAGGUGUUCUGCUUCGUCCAUCUGAGUGUUCAGGAGUUUCUGGCUGCUCUUCAUGUCCAUGUGACCUUCAUCAACUCUGGACUCAAUCUGAUGUCAGAAGAACAAUCAACCUCCCAGAAGUCUGAACCAAAACGAGACGAUUCUGCAGAGACAAACUUCUACCGGAGAGCUGUGGACGAGGCCUUACAGAGUCCAGACGGACACCUGGACUUGUUCCUUCGCUUCCUCCUGGGUCUGUCGCUUCAGACCAAUCAGACUCACUUACAAGGUCUGAUGUCAAAGACAGGAAAUGACUCACAGACCAAUCAGGAAACAGUCCACUAUAUCAAGAAGAAGAUCGAAGAGACUCCCUCUGCAGAGAAAAGCAUCAACCUGUUCCACUGUCUGAAUGAACUGAAUGAUCGUUCUCUAGUGGAGCAGAUCCAACAGUCCCUGAGAUCAGGACGUCUCUCCACAGAUAAACUGUCUCCUGCUCAAUGGUCAGCUCUGGUCUUCAUCUUACUGUCCUCAGAAGAAGAUCUGGAUGUGUUUGACCUGAAGAAAUACUCUGCUUCAGAGGAGGCUCUUCUGAAGCUGCUGCCAGUGGUCAAAGCCUCUAACAAAGCUGUACUGAGUGGCUGUAACCUCUCAGAGAGAAGCUGUGAAGCUCUGUCCUCAGUCCUCAGCUCCCAGUCCUCUAGUCUGAGACACCUGGACCUGAGUAACAACGACCUGCAGGACUCAGGAGUGAAGCUGUUGUCUGCUGGACUGGAGAGUCCACUCUGUACACUGGAGACUCUCAGUCUGUCAGGAUGUCUGGUCACAGAGGAAGGCUGUGCUUCUCUGGCCUCAGCUCUGAGCUCCAACCCCUCCCACCUGAGAGAGCUGGACCUGAGCUACAAUCAUCCAGGAGACUCAGGACUGAAGCUUCUGUCUGCUGGACUGGAGGAUCCAGACUGGAGACUGGACACUCUCAGGGCGGAGCCUGAUGGAGUCCGAUGGUUGACACCAGGUCUGAGGAAGUAUUCCUGUGAACUCACAAUCGACACAAACACAGUGAACAGAAGGAUCAAACUGUCUGACAACAACAGGAAGGUGACACGUGUGGAGGAGGAUCAGUCAUAUCCUGAUCAUCCAGACAGAUUUGACCACUGGCCUCAGCUGCUGUGUUCAACUGGUCUGACUGGUCGUUGUUACUGGGAGGUCAAGUGCAGAGGAGGGGUUAAUGUAUCAGUGAGUUACAGAGGAAUCAGAAGGAAAGGAAACAGAGAGGAGUGUGUGUUCGGAAGGAACGAUCAGUCCUGGAGACUGUUCUGCUCUGAUGAUGGUUACCCUGUCUCUCACAAUGAUAGAGGAAUAUUUAUCUCCUCCUCCUCCUCCUCCUCCUCCUCUGUCUCUGACAGAGUAGCAGUGUAUGUGGACUAUCCUGGUGGCUCUCUCUCCUUCUACAGAGUCUCCUCUAACAAACUGAUCCACCUCCACACCUUCAACACCACCUUCACUGAACCUCUGUAUCCUGGGUUUGGGUUCUGGCACUUGUCUAGUCCUGGUUCCUCAGUGUCUCUACAUAAUGUGAGCUCAUUCUUCAUGAUUCCUCCACAGAGUGGACCAGGAGAGCUCAGAGGUUCCCAGCUGCUGGAGGAGAACAUGGUCACUUUUGUGAAGAACGAGCUGAAGAAGAUGAAGAAGCUUCUGAGUCCAGAUUACCCAGAAUGCUCAGGGAGUCAGAGGGAGGAUGAGGAGUGUGAACUCAGCAGCAUGGAUCAGUGUGAGGACAGAGAGGAGGGAGCCCCUCCCUCUAAAACCACUCUGUGUGGGGAACAUGAGAGAAAGACCAGAGCUCAGAGGGUUAGAGACACACCACACUCUGCUGGACCUGGACCUGGACCUGGACCUGGACCUGGACCUGUUGCAAAGAGGAGGAAACUGGAAGAACCUGGAUCCACCUGUGUGUCCAUGAAGAGUGACGGGUCCAUGGAUCGUCCUCUUCAAGUCAGAAGAUCAAGAAGGAUCCAGCAGCAGAGACCAGACUCUCCUGAACCCAGCUGUCUGUCUUUAAAGAGCGACGAGUCGAAGGGCAGGCUCAUUGAGUUUAAAGGGCGACGUCCAUCAGCUGAUCAGAUAGUGGACCAGGAGAGCUCAGAGGUUCCCAGGUCUCAGUCUGCCCAGCAGCAUCAAACACAGCUGGACUCCAUAUUUAUGCUGCUGGAGGAGAACACGGUCACUUUUGUCAAGAACGAGCUGAAGAAGAUGAAGAAGCUUCUGAGUCCAGAUUACCCAGAAUGCUCAGGGAGUCAGAGGGAAGAUGAGGAGGUGUUGGAUGGUGAGGAUGAAGAGCAGAGGAGGAGCAGAGAGGCAUUUGUGAAGAUCACAGUGAACUUCCUGAGGAGAAUGAAGCAGGAGGAGCUGGCUGACUGUCUGCAGAGCAAAUCUCCUGCUAUGUGCCGACCUACACUUAAAUCUAACCUGAAGAAGAAGUUCCAGUGUGUGUUUGAGGGGAUCGCUAAAGCAGGAAACCCGACCCUUCUGAACCAGAUCUACACAGAGCUCUACAUCACAGAGGGAGGGACUGGAGAGGUCAAUGAUGAACAUGAGGUCAGACAGAUUGAAACAGCAUCCAGGAAACCAGUCAGACCAGAAAUAACCAUCAGACAAGAAGACAUCUUUAAAGCCUCACCUGGAAGAGACGGACCAAUCAGAACAGUGAUGACACUGGGAGUGGCUGGCAUUGGGAAAACAGUCUUAACACAGAAGUUCACUCUGGACUGGGCUGAAGACAAAGACAACCAGGACAUACAGUUCACAUUUCCAUUCACCUUCAGAGAGCUGAAUGUGCUGAAAGAGAGAAAGUUCAGCUUGGUGGAACUUGUUCAUCACUUCUUUACUGAAACCAAAGAAGCAGGAAUCUGCAGGUUUGAUCAGUUCCAGGUCGUGUUCAUCUUUGACGGUCUGGAUGAGUGUCGACUUCCUCUGGACUUCCACAACACUGAGAUCCUGACUGAUGUUACAGAGUCCACCUCAGUGGACGUGCUCCUGACAAACCUCAUCAGGGGGAAACUGCUUCCCUCUGCUCGCCUCUGGAUAACCACACGACCUGCAGCAGCCAAUCAGAUCCCUCCUGAGUGUGUUGACAUGGUGACAGAGGUCAGAGGGUUCACUGACCCACAGAAGGAGGAGUACUUCAGGAAGAGGUUCAGAGAUGCGGAGCAGGCCAGCAGGAUCAUCUCCCACAUCAAGACAUCACAAAGCCUCCACAUCAUGUGCCACAUCCCAGUCUUCUGCUGGAUCACUGCUACAGUUCUGGAGGAGGUGUUGAAAACCAGAAGGAGAGGAGAGCUGCCCAAGACCCUGACUGAGAUGUACAUCCACUUCCUGGUGGUUCAGUCCAAACUGAAUAAGGUCAAGUAUGAUGGAGGAUCUGAGACAGAUCCACACUGGAGUCCAGAGAGCAGGAAGAUGAUUGAGUCUCUGGGAAAACUGGCUUUUGAGCAGCUGCAGAAAGGAAACCUGAUCUUCUAUGAAUCAGACCUGACAGAGUGUGGCAUCGAUAUCAGAGCAGCCUCAGUGUACUCAGGAGUGUUCACACAGAUCUUUAAAGAGGAGAGAGGCCUGUACCAGGACAAGGUGUUCUGCUUCGUCCAUCUGAGUGUUCAGGAGUUUCUGGCUGCUCUUCAUGUCCAUCUGACCUUCAUCAACUCUGGAGACAAUCUGAUGUCAGAAGAACAAUCAACCUCCAAGAAGUCUGAACCAAGACAAAACGAAUCUGCAGAGACAAAUUUCUACCAGAGAGCUGUGGACGAGGCCUUACAGAGUCCAAAUGGACACCUGGACUUGUUCCUCCGCUUCUUCCUGGGUCUUUCACUGCAGACCAAUCAGACUCUCCUACGAGGUCUGAUGACACAGACAGGAAGUGGCUCACAGACCAAUCAGGAAACAGUCCAGUACAUCAAGAAAAAGAUCAUAGAGACUCCCUCUGCGGAGAAAAGCAUCAACCUGUUCCACUGUCUGAAUGAACUGAAUGAUCGUUCUCUAGUGGAGCAGAUCCAACAGUCCCUGAGAUCAGGACGUCUCUCCACAGAUAAACUGUCUCCUGCUCAAUGGUCAGCUCUGGUCUUCAUCUUACUGUCCUCAGAAGAACAUCUGGAUGUGUUUGACCUGAAGAAAUACUCUGCUUCAGAGGAGGCUCUUCUGAAGCUGCUGCCAGUGGUUGAGGUCUCUAAAACAGCUGUGUAAGUGUAGAGAGAGUUGAUUUAUUCAUCAUUAUAUAAAAGACACUUCUAUCUUUUCAACAGGAGAGAAAAUAACUUCCUUUCUUCUUUAAUUCCUCAUGAUCAACUCUUCAGACUGAGUGGCUGUAACCUCUCAGAGAGAAGCUGUGAAGCUCUGUCCUCAGCCCUCAGCUCCCAGUCCUCUAGUCUGAGACACCUGGACCUGAGUAACAACGACCUGCAGGACUCGGGAGUAAAGCUGUUGUCUGCUGGACUGGAGAGUCCACUCUGUUCACUGGAGACUCUCAGUCUGUCAGGAUGUCUGGUCACAGAGGAAGGCUGUGCUUCUCUGGCCUCAGCUCUGAGCUCCAACCCCUCCCACCUGAGAGAGCUGGACCUGAGCUACAAUCAUCCAGGAGACUCAGGACUGAAGCUUCUGUCUGCUGGACUGGAGGAUCCAGACUGGAGACUGGACACUCUCAGGGCGGAGCCUGGUGGAGUCCGAUGGUUGACACCAGGUCUGAGGAAGUAUUCCUGUGAACUCACAAUCGACACAAACACAGUGAACAGAAGGAUCACACUGUCUGAAAACAACAGGAAGGUGACACUUGUGGAGGAGGAUCAGUCAUAUCCUGAUCAUCCAGACAGAUUUGACCAGUGGCCUCAGCUGCUGUGUUCAACUGGUCUGACUGGUCGCUGUUACUGGGAGGUCGAGUGGAGCGGAGCGGUUGAUGUAUCAGUGAGUUACAGAGGAAUCAGCAGGAAAGGAAACAGUGAAAACUGCAGGCUUGGAGGGAACGAUCAUUCCUGGAGUCUGAAAUGUUCUAGUGAUGGUUACUCUGUCAGUCACAAUAAGACAGUGACUUCCUCCUCCUCCUCCUCCUCCUCCUCUGUCUCUGACAGAGUAGCAGUGUAUGUGGACUGUCCUGCUGGCUCUCUGUCCUUCUACAGAGUCUCCUCUAACAAACUGAUCCACCUCCACACUUUCAACACCACCUUCACUGAACCUCUGUAUCCUGGGUUUAGGUUUAGGUCCUGGUUCUGGACUCACUCCUCAGUGUCUCUGUGUUCAGUUUAGCAGAGAGAGUCUCCCCUGUUAAAAAAAAAAAAAAAAUAGGACCGUGAAAGUUAACGUGUUAAUGCUCAUUAUUAAUCUGUAAACCUGAACAUGUUAUAUAUAUAUAUAUAUAUAUAUAUAUAUAUAUUUAUUUAUUUUAACACAAAUUAAUCAUAUUCACAAGAUUGACCGCAACUUCCUCCCAUAGUCUUCCAGUGCGGAAUGAGGAGACAGACCCCAGUGUGCUUAAUGGCAAAUUUUGAUUUAAAAAGCUUUGGAAUAGAAGUUUAGAUAAAACCAAAGUUCUGUGUAUAUACUGCAGUGAUUAACUGUCUUUCCACCAAAGUACAAGUCUGAAGUACCGUAUUCGGGCAAAGCACAUCUAUUGCUAUUGUUAGAAGUAAAUAGUAGUAUUUUAGUAGUAUUUUAAACAUAUGAUUAAUCAUGAUUAAUCACAGCCUAUUUAUGUGAUUAACUUGAUUAAUUUUUUUAAUGAAUUGACAUCACAAAAAAGAAAGUAUUAUUUUUUUUUUAAAUAUAUUCACAUUUUGAAAUGUAUAUUGCAUAUAUACUGACAAAGAAUUGUACCAACUGAAAGUAUAUAAAAAGUAUACUGCUUUUUUACCAGUUUUCACAAUAUACCUUUAACACAUUUGGUAAUAAUACACUUCCUUUAGCAGUAAUAGCAUUGUAAAGCAAUCUGACUGAAACAUCAUUGUGCCACAAACAAUCACAUCUAAUAAAGAGAUUGUGAAAUGUUCUUUAUA